AUGGCCGCCGCAAACCUCCCACUGUACUCGCUUCUAGUACUCUCCCUUGCCAUCCCGCUGCUAUUCUUCAUGUGGAGACGCUCGGCGGCUCGAAGCCCGGCGUUGCUGGUAAGGCGUCCCCCGCCGAGCCCAUGGGCGCUGCCCGUCAUCGGUCACCUGCACCACCUCUCCAGCGACGUCCCCCACCGUGCCUUGCACCACCUCUCGCGGCGGCACGGCCCGCUAAUGACGCUCCGUUUCGGGGAGCUCGAGGUCGUAGUGGCCUCGUCCUCGGACGCCGCUCGCGAGAUCAUGAAGACCCACGACGCCAACUUCGCGUCCAGGCCGCUAACCUCUAUGCAGCAGCUGGCGUUCCAGGGCGCCGAGGGCCUCGUCUUCGCGCCCUACGGCGACGGCUGGCGGCAGCUCCGUAGGAUCUGCGCCACUCAGCUCCUCGGCUCCGGCAGCGUCCGGUCCUUCCGCCGCGUCCGCGAGGAAGAGCUUGGACGCCUUUUGCGCUCCAUCGUCGGAACAAGUCAUUUGCCGGCGGUGAACCUCAGCAGAGGCGUGUCGGCGUACGUGGCGGACUCCACCGUGCGCGCCGUCAUCGGCACCCGGUUCAAGGAACGGGACGCGUACCUGCGCAUCCUGCACGACUUGCUCAGGAUCGUGCCCGGGAUGACGCUCCCUGACCUUUUCCCGUCCUGGCGGCUCGCGUCGCUCGUCAGCAGCGUCCCCGGCAGGAUCAAGCGGCACAGCAGAGACAUGAAACGGCUCAUGGACACCAUCAUUCAGGAGCGCCAGCAGGAGAGAAGCAAUAGUGCUGCUGCUGGAGCUGGACAAGACAGUAAGGAAGAAGAAGAAGACUGCUUCCUCGAUGUGCUUCUGAGACUCCAAAAGGAUGUGGACUCCCAAUAUCCACUCACCACUGACAAUAUCAAGACAGUCCUGCUGGACAUGUUUGGCGCAGGCAGUGAGACGUCAGCUACGGCGCUGGAGUGGGCAAUUGCCGAGCUGCUGCGGAACCCGAGAGUGAUGCACAAGUUGCAAGACGAGGUUCGGACAGCAUUUGCUGGCCAUAACAAGGUGACAGAAGUGAACCUGACAAAUCUACACUACCUGCGGUUAGUCAUCAAGGAGACGCUCAGACUGCAUCCCCCGGUACCAUUGCUACUCCCGCGACAAUGUGCAAACCCGUGUCAAGUUCUGGGCUUUGACAUACCGGAGGGGGCCAUGGUGAUCGUGAACGCCUGGGCGAUCGCUCAGGAUCCCGUGCAUUGGGACAACCCCGGCGAGUUCGCACCAGAAAGGUUCGAAGAAGAAAAUGCGAGAGAUUUCAAAGGGAGAGACUACGAGUUCCUUCCUUUCGGUGCCGGAAGGAGGGUAUGCCCUGGCAUGGCGUUCGGGCUGGCGCACAUUCAGCUCGCGCUUGCCGCCUUGCUCUUUCAUUUUGACUGGAAGCUGCCGGGGGGUAAGGCUGGCGAGGAUCUGGACAUGACGGAGGCGUUUGUGAUCUCUACAAGGCUGCGGUCUGAUCUUCUGGUUGUCGCGGUCCCUCGUAUACCGGUGCCCUGCCCGGAGUAAAUGCUUUUUCUUUUUUCA